CUAGUACACCAUUAUGCCUUUGAAAUUGCCGCUACCCGCAGGCUUUUUUGAACGUCCUGCUCUCAAUGAGUACGACAUCCAACGCGUGAUUCGCGAAGCUACUUGCAGCGCCAUGUCUGUGGUGCACAAGACACAAUUGGUGGGCGGUCCCAUUGCGUGGAGCCUGCGGUCCGACGAAGUGGACGUCAAGAUCUACAAAGGGAGCCCCGUCGACGACAAGAGCGACGGCGUCGCCGCGUCUGGAGCUGUCGUGUACAUGAGCGUCACUGAGGUGGUCGGUACGCUGGACGAAGUCGUCGAGCUGUUUCAGACGCGCACCACCAAACAAGCCAAGCACUUUGCCACCCGAUUCGGCCAUCAACUCAAGGACGCGAUCAAGCUGUACUCGCUCGUUGAACCCACCGCGGACGCGCCGAUGGAAUUGGUCGACCUGACGUGGCGCGCGUACAAGAGCCCAAUGUCGCUCAUCGUGGCUGAACGCGAUGCGUGUCUGCUUGAGUGCAAUCAUGCGUUCACGUGCGACAACGGGCAACGCGGGUGGGUCGUGUCGGUUCAAUCGAUCGAGUUGCCGUGCUGCCCCGACCUGGAAGCGUUGGGCGGACUCGUGCGCAUGAUGAACUACGGCAGCGGCCACGUCUUUUUAGAAUCCAUGGACCGGCCUGGGUGGCUCGAGAUUCGGUACAUUGCACACGUGGACUUUCGCGGCAUCGCGUUCGAUUUCUUGACCAAAGCGUUGGCGAAACGUAAUCGGUCGUGGCUCACGCAACUCAACAUCAACGAAAUGGCGUCGCGGCGGCGAUGGGUGAGUGACAUUCACAUGACCAAACGGUGUCGCAACAUCACCGACAUCGACCGAUUCCUUCGAGAAGACCGCGUCUUCAGCGACGAACUUCUCCAAAGAAUGGAUACCCGCUUCCUUUCCAAAGCAUCUCUAGCCGCCGCCACAGCGUGCCAUCUCUGCCACGUUGAAUUUAGCUGGAAACACAGAAAAACAAACUGCGCCAAGUGUGGCCACGUUCUGUGCAAGUCGUGCAACCCUUGGUGGGCCACGACCAAGGACAGCACCACCAAACAAGUGCGCGCGUGCGUGAUCUGUGCGCUCGGACGCUCCACACACCAUUAUCGUCGGUCGUCGACGGCGUCGCAGAUAUCACUGCCACGCGGUUCGCGGGGAGGCUAUAAAGCCCACGAAGACAUGACCGAGGACUCGUCUGAUGACGGGUCGGCAACGUACACGAGCCAUUUUCCGUUGAUGGAGAGCAGUCAUUACUCGCGUACGAGUAUCGUGUUGGACGAUUACAGCGAAUACAGGAGUGUGAAAACCGUCGACGGCUAAGCAAGGAUGAGGAGAACUACUGGUAUUAUGAUGUAAAUGCAUGGAUUCGUGUUGGCAUGUAUGUAGGUUG